UCGUCCAACAGGAGCAAAACACGAGCUCGACUACCAAGAAAUUUUGAAAACUGGUUUGAAAAUCGCUCCGAUUACAGCACUUAUACWUUUAGUGAAUGCCGUCAAGGAGCUCAACUUAAACAGGAAUAGAAUUUCACGGUUACUACGGAAUAUCGUCAUGAAUUACGAACAAUUUAUCGUUCUAACUACAGCGGCUUUGAGUAUUCUGGCAGCGGAUUUGAGCUUCGCCAAAAAAAGCUACUACGAAAUUCUUGGUGUAUCAAGAAAUGCUUCAGAUAGACAGAUCAAGAAAGCCUUUAGGAAACUUGCUGUGAAAUACCAUCCUGAUAAAAAUAAAAGCAAAGACGCUGAGGAAAAGUUCCGCGAAAUAGCACAAGCAUAUGAAGUUUUAUCUGAUGAAAAGAAAAGACAGCAAUAUGAUCAGUUUGGAGAAGAAGGACUUAAUCAAAAUGGAUUUCAUGGAGGUGGCGGUGGAUUUGAUUUUAGUGAUUUCUUCAGUGAUUUUGGUGGUGGAGGAGGACAUAGGUCAGGAGGAAACGGCCACAGGUUUUCUUUUGGUGGUUUUGAUGAUUUUUUYCAUGACGAUGAGGAAGAUGAGGAAGAUGAUGGCUUUGGUGGAAUGCAUUUUGGUGAUUCAUUUUUCRGUGGAGGUGAACAUUUCAGACAAAACAGAUUUAAUGAUGGGUUUGGAGAAUCCUUUCACAGAACAGCAAGACAUUCUGAAUUCCAUCAAUCCAGUGGAUCAGGUCAUAGUGGUAGAAGUUGUAGRACAGUAACAAGAAGAGUUGGCAAUAUGGUUACAACAUUCACAGAAUGYACAUAGCUAUAACUAAAGACUAAUGAAGAAAUUAUUGCAACAAUCACAUAACUCACCUUUAAGUAGAAAGCACUGAUUAAAGGAAAACAAAAUUUGUACUUUGUUUUCACUUUUUCCAGCACUAUAUUUGAAACCUUAAGAUUUCAACAGGAACAAGGAUGGUUGAGYGGUGCAAGUUCAUUUAGCAAUAUGUUUUCUCUGCACACAGUACAAAAAAUAUUGUGGUUGCUUCAGUAUCAAACCAAAUAUUAACUGGAGUUACAGCURUGGGGUUAGCCUGACCACCAUUGGCUGGUUGUACACAGAAUGAAUACUGUUUUCUAACAGCUAUAAAAGCUUUAUCCAGAGCAUAAAAGCCAUGUAUAUAAAGUGGAGUGGAUAUCUUUAUCCACCCUGUGUACAACUGGCCCCUGGUGUUACAUUAAUUUUAAUUUUUGGAUCAAUUCAAUAUAGGUCACUGGGCUUACUGUGUUAGCAAAACCUGCUUCAAAAAUGCUUCAAAAAAUUGAAAACAAUAGAAAACAAACAAAUGAGAAAGGGGCCUCAGGAUUCAAUUCACCUGAAUUCAAUUUGUGCUGCAAUAGCACAUUUUAUUAGUGUACAGUACUUGAGAGGUCACAAUUAGCCACGGUUUGUCCAGAUGUGACUCAGGCUAGGUCACAAUAUAUACACAGAAAGCCCAGAAUCCUACAUUCUCCUCAAAUUUAAACUAAAAAGAACACCUGCUCCACAAGAAAGUGUGGAGUGCACAUGAAACGUCUACUAACUUGUGUCCUCAUCCAUUGUCCAUGUUCCAGUUGUCAAUCUUAAGKUACUUCCUGUUAUCAAUCUGAGGUGUCAUGUAGAAUAUUUAAGAAUAUCACAGUGAACCUCGCCCAAUAUUCUCUAGUAGUGCUGGGUCUUACAUAAUAUUUUCUAAAACCAUUUUAUUUCCUUUAAUAGCAAUGUUGCUUUCAAAACUAAAAGAUGUUUAUUACAAAKAAAUUUUGUACAUAAUACAAUUAAAUGUUUUUGCCCAUGA